AUAUGCAUUUGGAACCAUGUGACCCUCUCGCGAAUUCUCGACAUUAUAAAAAGUAAAAAAUACCCAUACUUUAUAAUGAUAUAUAUGAUAUGAUAUAAGAUAGGAUUCCUUACCCUGUGAAUUCAAGCACUAAACCAAUCUUAGAAUUGCUUAUUCAAUUCACACUUACCUCACCAUAGGAAGAAAAAUGGAAGCCCUCAUUUCCCAGUUCACCUUCCUCUCAAACCAAGCAUUACAAGAAAGGAGCUCUGAUCCCUCCACAAGUGAAGACCUCAUGAGGCUAUUUGAGAUCGAAUCAUACAGGGCAUGGGCAGGUGUGGAACUUAUUGAGCAAGAGAAUAAAGAAGUGCAAGAAGAAAAAGAAGCAAAGGUAACAACUGCCAUGCAACAAGAUGAUGAUCAUGAGGACUACCUUGAAUGUGUCAUGGAAAGUGCCAUCGAUGAGCUUCGAUGCUUUGAAGAAGAGCUUGAGAGGAUGUCACAACCAGAAAUGGACAUUGCUUCCAAGAGUACAUUGAGGAUGCAAUGAAUUCAACCACUGCAUGGAAAUUGGAAAGGUUCAUCUGGUUCUUACUUCUUUUAACCUUUAUUGUUGUAUUUAAUGCUUUCAUUCUUUAAUAUUGCUGGUUUAGAAAAAGUGGGAAACUAGAGCUGCACCAGAAUUCAUAAUGAAACAUUCAGCUAUAUUUGCAGAAUUUCAAUGGUAUAUCUUA